UAUUAUUUUACAUAUAUUGAUACAUUUUCUACAUAUAAUUUUAAUAACUUAAAAUAUAUGUAAUACUUUUUUUAUUAGUUUGUACAAAACAUUGCAUGUUUUUGAUGAGUGACACUUCAGUGUGCUGAAAGAAAAUAACAUAUUUUAGCAGGAAGAUGCCAGUAGAUCAGAUUCAGUAUUCAGAAAAAUAUAGCGAUGAUAAAUAUGAGUAUAGGCAUGUAAUAUUGCCAAAUGAUCUUGCCAGACAUGUUCCAAAGACUCAUCUUAUGACAGAAACGGAAUGGAGAAAUUUAGGAGUCCAACAGAGUCCUGGAUGGGUGCAUUAUAUGAUGCAUGGACCAGAACCACAUGUUCUAUUAUUUCGCAGACUGAGGACUGAUCUAACGUCUCGAUGUACUUCACAGAGAGAACAGACUGUUGUGCGUUGUAAUUGAGUUUGAAAUAAUGAUUAAAUGUAAGAUUCCAACUAAGAUGUAUAUUGAUUAUAUUUUAUUGUAUUUAUAUGUAUUAAAGAUAAUAUGUAUUAAAGAUAAUUA